CAGGGAGAGCAUGCAAUCUCCACCCAGAAAGAUCCCAGGAAGACUAAAGUGCUAACCUCCAAGUCACUGUGCAGUACUGAUAUGAAUUCACCUGAGUAAUACAAAGAUUUUGGUUAGAACCCUACAAAAUUAGAUAAAAUACAAAUUUACACAACUAAAUUAGCAAGUUAGGUUAAAACCCAACCCCAUUGUUAAUUAUUGAGAUUUCCCAAUGACAAAUAAAACUGAGAUCCUACAAAAUUAUACAUGGAAAACCCAAACAACCCAAAGAUUCUAUGUGAGCAAGCAUAUUCAAUUCAAUUCAAUUAUGUUUUGUUUUUAUAGUGCCAAUUGUCUCAAGACGCUUUACAGAACCCGUAUGCCUGAACCUAUUUAACUAUAACAAUCUCAUGAACAGGAUAACCAAAAUAAAGCGUAUUGGCCAGAUUAAAAAAGAGGUGGAACUGCAAAAACAAAACAGAAAGCCGAGACAACCCAUCAAUUAAAACCAUAAGGGCAAUAAAAAGAAACGAAGAGUGGACAGGACUAGAGCAGCUUUAGGAACAACUAAAAGCAAUGGCAAAAAGGCAAGUGUUUAAUUUUGAGUUGGAACAGCAAAUGGUGGGACAGGGUUUAUUAUAACACAGGCAACUGUUCCAGAGACUGGGUACAGUAACUGAAAAAGCCCUGCUGCCUCUGGUUUUAGGGCACUGAAAGCACUGGCAAAUAAGCUUUUGGGGGAAAAAAAAUAAAAAAUCUGGAGGAUUUAUUCUCUGAAUUGUAAGAUGUACAGCUAUUGAUAUAAACAUUCAUAUCUAGAAAAUAUUUGUAUAUUACAAUGGAAGUUUUGUGAAAUAAAAGAAUGAGGGCAGAAGGAAUUUAGCCUACUUUAUAUACAAACCAUCCAUAAAUAGGAAGAUUCCAUGCUGUGUAAAUAACAUGUUUAUCGGUGAAGCAACAAGUAAACUAACAUCUGCUGUAACUGCAGUGGAGAAGGCUACAGGCUUUCUCUGUGAAUAUGAAUUGGUAUAGAAUUAAAUUACCCAAAUAAUUCUGUAAAAACUGGAUUUAAGUGCAAUACUUGAGUAAAUGUGCUAAGUUACUUCCCCAACAGACAUAAAUAAGACAUCUCUGUCGAGGCUAAAUGUAUAAUGCAGCACCCCCUCCACUGAGGAGCUCAGAGCAGCCAUUUAAAUGUUCUGGUCUCCAUAACCGUGGUGCCUGGAAACAUGCUGCUGGUGUCAGCUCUGCUUCGGUACAGAUAAAGCUAAUACCUGAAAGUGAGGCUUUCUAAGUGGCGCUAGGAUCCACAGUUGUCAGUUACACUUUUCAGUUAGCCGUCAGUGAAGUGAACUUUCAUCUGGAAAUGGAAAUGGAGUGGAUUCCAGCGCAGUGAAACACUAACAAAACAGCAGUCACCAAUGGCAGCCAAAGAUAGCAAGCAGUGGUGGGAUCCGUAUGAAACAUCUUAUAAAACACAGUUCAUCAACCAGCCAAACUCAGCUGCAGAGAUUCUGCUGCGCCCAAUGUCAACAUCAUUUAUAGACUCCUAUUCAAAGUCGGAACCUUUUGGUUCAACUGUAUACAAUAAGGACUUCUGCUGGAAGCCGGUCUGUAAACCUGAAUGCAUUCGCACAGGAACAGCCUCAGGACAGAGGAGAAACAACCCGCAUCCCAGCCAGUCUUUCAUGAUGUGGAGGCUGCCGAGGGAUGCUGCACGAAACUCUGAGUAUGUUGCGUUUCCCUGGAAAUGUCCCCCAUCUGAGGGCAUGAUACGUAAAGCAUUGACAGCGCAGUACUCCUCCACCUACACAUGUGACUUCAUGGGUUUGCCUCAAGGAUAUGAGGGCAUCACUAAAGCAGAAGGACAACUUGCACGGCUGCACAGCAGGCGUCACAUGCCACUCUCCGCUGACACUGAGAUGAGAGCCAAUUACCGCCUGCCAAAGCCUGAGCUGCUGGGAAAUCUCCUUCACUACAGCUGCAAAAAAAAUCCAAACCUGGCCUGCUGUGGUGUCGUUCCAACUGUUGUGCAAAGACACAUCCACACUCAGAAGCAGAAGGGAUCAGAUGUGACAACCUAUGACCGGUUUUGUGGAAAGAGAGUCGGUGAUUUCACAUCUGUGAUAAAUUCUCUGCUGCCCCAGGAGCUGCAGCAACUGCACAGAGUUUUACCUGAGGAGGAAAAGGAGGCAGUAAACUCAGUUUUGAGUAAAGAGGCUUGUCCAGACAAUGGGGAGAAAAUGAAUAAACUUCCAGCAGUGGUGCGUAGGUCCUGCUCACCUGCGUGGAUAUCAAGCUGGCCAGGACCUCUCUAAACCUUUCUGAUUAUAUUAGUUGUUUUAUCUGUGUUUGUGUCUUUAUGUGAAAAGAAAAGCAAAAUGAAUCCAUUGUAAAUGAAAUGUGUUAGUCAGAAUUUUUGAGUGUAACUUGUAUGUUAUGGUAAUUAAACAUCUGCACCCAGUUAGAAGAAAUUUGUCUGUUUUUAUGUUUCAUAAUUUCCUCAUUCUGCCAUCUGAUGUUGCAGAAAAGCGUUGAUGCCAAUGCUUUUGUCUGCUUAUAAAAUAAACUAUAUUUUUGCAUUUUCAAUUAUUGUCUUUUAAAUC